GACCGCAGAUCAGACCUGUCAGAUGUGAUUGCGCACCCAAGUGCAACCCCGCAUGUUGUAUCUGACGGAGGGACCGGUGCCGCGCUCCCAUCCCCGCGCUCCCAUCCCCGCGCUCCUUCAACAACAACACUGGUUCAGCAGCACCUGUGGCAGCAGCAGCGAGUCGAGUGACCCAGCUUCAGCCGACCGGCUUCACCUGUACAUGGAGACCCCCAGCUGGGCAGGAAACACGUUGUGUAAGUCAGGAAGCAUUGCUGUCUUCGGGAACGUGGUGUACAGCGGACUGCUGAACGAUCACCUCUGGCAUUUGGGAGUGCCCCUCUUUACGAGACUGGGUAACCAAGAGGCCACUAACCCCCCAGAAGCGAUGGCCCAGCCGUACACCCCAGCCCAGUACCCACCUCCCCCACAGAAUGGCAUCCCCGCAGAGUUUGCGGCACCGCACCCGCUUCCGACACAGGACUACACCGGGCAGAGCCGGGUUCCUGAGCACGCCAUGACCCUCUAUACGCCCACACAGACGCACAGCGAGCCGGCCGGCACUGACAACAGCACGCCCGCCAUCACCGCCACCACGACCGCACCGGUCAGUGUCCUUCAUCAUCUGCAAACACUGUUCUCAACACGCUGUCAGCAAACAGAUGAUGUGACGCAAACAGAGGGCUCUCAGCAGCUCCAGCUCCAGCACUCAGACUCUUCAGAGAAGCAGCAGCCCAAAAGGUUACAUGUCUCCAACAUUCCCUUCCGCUUCCGGGACCCUGACCUAAGGCAAAUGUUUGGGCAAUUUGGAAAGAUUUUAGAUGUGGAGAUUAUCUUUAAUGAGCGAGGAUCCAAGGGCUUUGGGUUUGUAACUUUUGAAACAAGCACAGAUGCUGAUCGUGCACGGGAGAAACUAAACGGUACAAUCGUAGAGGGACGCAAAAUAGAGGUGAACAAUGCAACAGCACGAGUGAUGACAAACAAAAAAGUGGCCAACCCUUACACGAAUGGAUGGAAGCUGAAUCCGGUGGUGGGAGCUGUCUAUGGUCCUGAACUGUAUGCCGUAACAGGGUUUCCCUACCCUGCCACAGGCGCUACGGUGGCCUAUAGGGGUGCCCACUUGCGAGGUCGGGGGCGGGCUGUGUACAACACGUUCCGCACGGCUCCACCACCACCACCCAUCCCAGCUUACGGAGCGGUGGUGUACCAAGAUGGCUUCUAUGGUGCAGAGAUCUAUGGUGGCUAUGCAGCAUACAGAUUUGCCCAGCCCACCACCACCGCUGCUUACAGUGACAGCUAUGGCAGAGUCUAUGCAACAGCAGACCCCUACCACCACACGAUUGGCCCUGCCGCCACAUACAGUGUGGGGACUAUGUAAAUACAAAAGGAAGAGCUGUACUCAGUAUUGAUGGACAUCACAGAUGAAAACAACGAUGAGAGGAGAACUAGCUUUAAGAAAAUAACACAAGAAGAAGAAGACGAGAAGGAGUCCCUCUACUGAGGCUGGCGAGGGAAGACGGGAGGCGUACAAAGUGGCGCCGCGGCAGCGGUGUCAAACCAGCCACAAACUUGACAGACGGAGUGAGCCAGUUUCCACCAGGGACCACCUUUUUGCCGGGUAGAAAAGACAGAGAGAGAUUGAAAAGUGUCCCGUUAUUAUAAAACAUUUUAUUUUUCUAUACUUUUGUGAUUUACAAUGGUAAAAAAGUGUGUAUAAAGCAGUAUAUAUGUACAAAUCUGUUUUUAUGUUUUUUGGUAAGGGAGAUGAACAGUUGGCCCUUGAUGCUGAUUUUGUGGUAUGCAGGAAGGAGGAGGGAGGAGCCCCCCCUCCUCUCUCUAUGGCACACUGCUCUGUCGCCGAGGUCGUGUAAAACAAAAACAUAAACAGAAAAGGUGGCAGGGAGAGCUCGGCAUCCAGACAGAAGCACUUUCUACGCUGUACUUCCUGCGGGUGGAGUCAAAGGUCAGCCUCCUGGUCUCACUGCUCCGCCUUCUUCCUUCCAAACCUCCCCGACCUCCUUCCUUACUUCCUCCCUUCCUUUUUCGGGCUGGUGAUGUCGCUCCUUCCUCCUUGUUGCGGUGUCACUGGCCGGCAGCGCCUACUGUUAGCAGCGUCCCCCGUGGAUACUGUCGUGAUGUCACUUUCUCCUGGCAGCACCAUUGGGCAUCCCCGCCCUCCCCAAUGGGCAGCGUCACUGGUUUACAGCGUUGGGGAGUGGGGGGGUGAGCCACGGCGGGACGGUGAGACGGUAUAAAGCCGAGCCUCCCCGGUCUGCCCCUCUCCACGCCCCAGCAGAGGUCACUGACUGAGGACUAGCUAGAGAAAAUGGCGCAGAAGUCGCCGACUUUACUCACCUGCCAGACUCCGAGCCCAAGCCUUUGUGUCACUCUGCACCGACGGACAAACUAUCAGACCAACGAUGAUAAAAAGGUGCGUACAACUACCAAGGAUGCACGUUUCCACCUGGCGAGAAAUAACUCAUCAACGUCCAUGUAACAAAUUGAAUUAUAAUCGAAUAAUCCCAUUGUACUACAUCAGCAGGUGCAUAACCAAAACACAAGCCUGAGGCAUAUAGACUAUGUCGCUAGAUAAAACAUUAUAGAAAUACAGUAGUGCCCAUCCAACGGUAACAAGGAACGAGGGCUGAAAUAUGUCAAUUUUUAUUUUGUCAAUGUAUUCUGAGAAUAUUUAUUUGUGUGUUUUUUUUUUUUCUUCGUUUUUUGCAGCACUGAAAACUUUUAAAGAGGAAAAAAAGUGUUAAUUUGGUGGAAGCGAAAACCUUAAUUCUUUAUAUCAGAAGAGUCACUGUAAACGUGUUUAAACAAGAAUGUUGGUUCAGUUCUUUGAAUGUACAUUAAUGUCUAGGGUGUCCAAUAAGUAUGUAUUCUUUUUCUGUAUAUAAAUAUAUAUACAUAUCUAUUAUAUGGGCUGUGGUGAUGUCAGGGAGUAGAGGGGGUGGGCAGGAUAGCCUCUAGCCCCCGAACAUAGAUAUCAGACCCCCUCCAACUAAAUAUGUCCCUGAUAUUUACUGUAACAUGUGAUCAUGUGUUAUAUGAUUGAAAGUGUGAUGGUGAUAGUGUGAACUGAUCUCCCCUGAAACCCCCCUUUACCACACAAACACACACACACACACACACACACACGCUGUGCAGAUACUCAUAGAUUGACAACACAGAUUUACACACAUUUUUAACCCAUCAAAUGAAAAAACAUCACAUCCUACUUUUGCCCCUGACAGACACUUCAGGAAAAGAAUCACAUCUGCGUUAAUUUCAGCCCCUUCAUUGGAGCUGGGAAGACUUGCUAAUUAGCGCAAGGUGUUGUGGGUGUCAGAUAAAAAGUUUAUGAAUAUUGAUUUUUCUUUUCUUACUUGAACCAAAGUAUGAUUUGAACACACAGUCUCAGUGCUCUUUGAUCAGGAGACAGCGAGACUCUGUGAUGACAGCGGAGCCCGGAUGUGUAUUGACGUGACCCAGAUUUCAUUCGCUCAUCACUUUGCUGAGGAAGAGCUCGCUCUUCUGCUAAUAUAAGGAGCCCCGCUGAUGAAGCCCGGCUCGCAGCUUCCUGCAGCAGCCUCGCUUUAUGAACUGCUGUUCUCAUGCUGACCCUGGUGGGCAGGCGGUUUUAUUGCAUAUUGGAAAUAACCUGCUGGCCCUGAAAAGAAACUUUUUUUUAUCAGAGGCGAGCAGGUUCGGGUGAAGCACAACUUUGUUUGAGAGUUCAGGGUACACUACUUAGUAGUGGUUUUGUGUGAAUUGUUCCAAGAAGGUAACACUAGGUUAAGCUCCUGACUUCCUGUACAAAACUACAGUGUGUAGUGUUAAUAUCCUGUACAGUAAAUCUCACCUCACACUUUCUUGAUUAACUUCAUCUUAUUUCAGGUUAAAAAAAAAAAAAAACUUGUUCUGAAUCAGGGCUCCUACCCACGCGACCUCUGUUCAUCUGUAGACAGCUUCUCAUAUAUUACAAAGAGUAUCUAUAUCAUGGCAACUAACUGUUGUGAAGUCUAAUUGGGGUAAAGUCGGUCAUUUGUUCUCCCAUGCAGCAAUCACAUGCAGGCUUAGCAUUUUUAUACCUGUAGGUUUGUUUCUGAGAGUCACAUGAUUCAUCUGGCCUACUUAACUGCGCUACAGACUUGUGGUGGGUCAGAAACGACUCAGGAGCAGGUUGGAGUUUUACUUUGACAGGAACUUCCUGGGAGGCAAAAGUCAGCUUUAAUGGUCGAGUUAACUGACGGAGAUAAAGAACCACAGCUUUAAUUUUUUGGCUUAUUUACAUUAAUGAUCUGAUUUUGUCCACUGAAUGAUCUAUGCACUUUGCAACAAAAACAGAUAUGAUGUCACAUGUGAAGACACCACUGUUAUCUACUUAUUCUAGUUAGCUUGUAGUUCAUAAAGUCUUAUGGGUGUGGCUGGCACUAUUCUAUAUUUUCAUUGUCAACAAAUCUCAUGAAAACACCAAAACCAACAAUGUUUUGGUAACCGUCUCUCAAUACUUUCUGACUUCCUGUCUGUGGUUCUCCGUUCCAAAUCCAUUGGUUCCCAUUGGUUCCCAUUGUUGAUGUAAAUCUUUUAAAAUGGCUCACAACCAUAUUGUUUCUUUGCUUUUAUUUAUUUUAUUUUUUUUAAAAAACAGCUGGGACUGUAGUUUUGAACAAUUGUUACUCAAACUGAACUAAAUAGUGCAUUUGUUGGGGACUAUUUUCAGCGGCAGUUGGACAGUCAUGUAGACAUGCAUGUCAGAUAUCAGGCUGCCACUGAUUUAGUUAGCAAAUUGAAAGGUCAACACGUUCUCAUUCCAGCUCGGCAUGUGAUCUGAGGGUUUGUCAGACCUCUCGGCGUCACUUUUCGCUCGCAGUAAACACAUGCUUAAUGUUGUGAAUUGAACAAAAACACUUGUUUAGGAUUAGGCAAUAAAACCACUUAGUUAAGUUUAGAAAAAAAACAACACGGUUGGGCUUAAAAUUACUACGUUUUUACAGUGAAAAUGUCAUUUAACGUUGUGAACACGGGACACGAACGAUCAGCUAAUUGUAACCUUAAGCUACGUCAACACAGCCCUUUCCCCGAGCGUUUACUGUUGCCAGUAACAAAGCCGUGAGAAAGCAUUGCCACUUGAUGUCCUGGGAAUGAGAACGGGUUGGAAGGGUUGAGAUUUUCAAACUGGAAGUCAACCAGUAUAACCAAUAUUUCCUGUAAUAAGUUUUGGUACUAUGUCUGUCUAUGGUCGCAGUCUAGCGACAUUAAAGCUGCAGUAGUAAAUAUUUUCCGGUUACCUGUUUUGCUCAAUUGGAGACAGAAGAAGUCAAAAACAACAAAAAAAAAAGUUAGCUUCUGUUCUUGUAGCUUUCAUUGCAUUACUGUAUAAAAUAAAAAUAACAAUUAUUUUGUCAGCAUUCCACAACUACAGCUCCUAUGAGGCUUUGUUUCUCCGACUAAGCCUCAUUGUAGUUGAGGUGUAGUUGAAUACCGACAGAAGAAUCAGUUAAAAACACACGUGAGAUUUUAUUGCCUUAGAAUUUGCUGUGGGUUCAUGACAAUGUGCAACCUGUUUCACAUCAUAUUUUGAGCCGUUGUUGAUAUAAAAAAAAAAUAUUAGUGGAAUAUUUAUGUAUCUAAUGUAACUAUUUAGUCUGGCUGGUCUUCCAUGUUAGUAGCCGUACUUACAUCAGUGGUCAGGUAUGGAUUUUAUUCUUUGGUGCUUUUUUUGUUAACCGGCGCUCUCAUUAAACUGUGGUUGUUUGUCUCUGCUCGUUGACACAGUUUUAACUUAACUAGUGAGUUUAUUUCUGCAUCCAGAGAAGUUCUGCCUUUACAAAAAUGUUUCUAAAGCUCCAGCCUGCGCCUCAGCGGGGGGCGGGGUUAAAGCGACCCUCCCUUCCUUCCUUCAGAUGCCUUCAGUUUAAUGACCUGGUCCUGAUCUUCCUGAGCACAACUGCUUGAGCUGUGACACUAGCAGGAUGUCCCCUCUGAGAGUCCCCCCGCCUCCCCCCUGACCCCGACAGACCCGCCCCAUGCGACACCCUCCUCCCACCAUACCUAGCCUUCUAGUAUGUGAGUCGACUGGCCCCUUUUGUAUUCCUGGUGUUCUGUACAUAAUAACCCUCACCCCUCUUUACCCCUAUCCUCCUCCCCCAGCUGUCCUUUCAGGGGAAAAAAAACAAAAAAAAAAAACGACAUCCUCUGACUCCCCGAAAUCUUGUAUUUUGUUCUAAUAAUGACAAAAUUUAUUUAUAAGGAUUUUUUAAAAUCUAUCUCUUUCUCCUUUUUGUAAAUGUUCCAGUUAAAUAAAGUUUAAAAAUGUUAAAAAAUUAAAUGGAUAUAUUGAAAGGUUAAAAAAAUGUCUCUAGAAGUCCCUGCCCCCUCCUCUGGCUCUGUACUCUGAACUUUGUGUUUUUGUUUUUUCUCUUUCUGUAUGCUUCUCUUUAUGUGCUUCAGAUGAAGAGUUCUAUUUAUUAUGACAUUAACGUUAUUAUAAUUAUGACUAAUUAUUAAUAUUAUCAU